AUGCAGAUUUUCAUGAAGACCCUGACAGUGAAGACCAUCACUCUUGAGGUAGAGCCCUCGGAUACAAUAGAAAAUGUAAAGGCCAAGAUCCAGGAUAAGGAAGGAGUUCCUCCUGACCAGCAAAGACUGAUCUUUGCUGGCAAGCAACUGGAAGAUAGAUGUACUUUGACCUACAACAUUCAAAAGGAGCCCACUCUGCAUCUUGUGUUGAGACUUUGCGGUGGUGCUAAGAAGAGGAAGAAGUCUUACACCACUCACAAGAAGAACAAGCGUAAGAGGAAGAAGGUUAAAUUGGCUGUUCUGAAAUACUAUAAGGUGGAUGAGCGUGGCAAAAUCAGUCACCUUCACCGGGAGUGUCCCUCAGAUGAAUGCGGUACUGGAGUUUUUAUGGCCAUCAUUUUGACAGCCAUUAUUGUGGCAAGUGUUGUCUGA